AUGUUAUCAAAAGUAGUAAGGAGAAGCUUCGCCUCAUUCACAAAGGUCAAGGUCCAAAAUCCAGUAGUCGAACUCGACGGUGAUGAAAUGACCAGAAUUAUCUGGAAGUGGAUUAAGGAAAAGCACAUUGAGCCAUAUGUACAACUAGAUAUUAAAUACUACGAUUUAUCUAUGGAGAACAGAGAUAAGACUGAUGACAAGAUCACAGUUGAAUCAGCUGAGGCCAUCAAGAAACACAAGGUCGGAAUUAAGUGCGCCACCAUCACACCAGAUGAAGAGAGAGUCAAGGAGUUCAACCUUAAAAAGAUGUGGAAAUCUCCAAACGGAACCAUUAGAAAUAUCCUCAAUGGUACUGUAUUCAGAGAACCAAUCAUCUGCACCAACGUCCCCAGACUCGUGCCAGGCUGGACAAGGCCAAUCAUCAUUGGUAGACAUGCCCAUGCUGAUCAAUACAUGGCAACUGAUGCAGUUGUUUAAAAACCAGGAAAAUUCAUCAUGAAAUAUCAACCAGAUGAUGGCUCUGAAGGAUGGGAAACUCUUGCCUACCACUUCAAGACUCCAGGUUGUUUAUUGGGAAUGUACAACACCACCCCAUCAAUCACCACCUUCGCCAGAACUUGCUUCAACUACGCUCUUGACAGAGGCUACCCCUUGAAACUUUCAACUAAAAAUACCAUUCUUAAGAAGUAUGAUGGAUUAUUCAAGGAUGUCUUCUAGGAAAUGUAUGAUAAGGAGUUCAAACCACUCUAUAAAGCUAAGGGAAUCGAUUAUGAGCACAGACUUAUCGAUGAUAUGGUAGCUUAAGUUGUUAAGGGUGAUGGUGGAGUCGUAUGGGCAUGCAAAAACUAUGAUGGUGAUGUUCAAAGUGAUAUUGUCGCACAAGGAUAUGGUUCAUUAGGUCUCAUGACCUCAGUUCUCUUAAACGAAGAUAACGUUGUUGAAGCUGAGGCUGCUCACGGUACUGUCACAAGACAUUACAGACAGUGGUAAAAGGGACAAUCAACCUCCACCAACCCAAUUGCCUCAAUCUUUGCCUGGACCAGAGGUUUGAUGCACAGAGCAAAACUCGAUAACAACGAGCUCCUAUUGAAGUUCUGCAAAACCCUAGAAAAAUCUAUUGUCGACACCGUCGAGAGAGGUCACAUGACAAAGGAUCUAGCCAUUUGUGUCCAUGGUAACAAGGUACAAGAAGGAACUCACUACGUUAGCACUGAGCUCUUUAUGGAUAAAAUUGAUCAAGACUUCCAAGAGCAAUGGAAAAAGAUUGUUGGUUGA